CCCGCGCUGCCAUGGCAACGGCGCCGCGCUCGGGGACUGAGGGGCCGGGACCGGGCCGGGAUCGGAACCGAGACUGAGAUCGGGAUCGGGACCAGGAUCGGGGCUGGGACCGGGACCGGGAACGGAACCGGGACCAGGAUCGGGGCUGGGACCGGGAACGGAACCGGGCCAGCCCCCGCCGGGGAGGCUGAGAUCCAGGAGCUGCAGAAGAUUUUCCAAACACCCUGCCAGCUGAAAAGUUAUACUGGGCAUCAUGAAUGUCAAUGAUUUUGUAAUUCUCCCAGGCUCAAAAGCUGGAACCUCAAUGAGAUUAAAAACAAAAACUGUCAAGGAAUUGCAGUUGGAGAAAGCACAGUUAGAAACAGAAAACAAAGAGAUGGAGAAGAGAUUAUGGCAACUGCAGUCAAACAUGAGCAGAGAAAAAGAAGAGAGGAGGAAGUUAGGUGCUUAUCAUUGGAAAUCUGGGCAGGCAGCACCACCAAGAACCACCCAAGCCCAGGUUGUGGCACAAUAUAAUGAAAACAGGAAGAAGAUUUCUCCAGAGAAAGUGAAGUUACGAAUACUCAAGGACCAAAUUCAAGAGCCAGUGAAAAAACCAGUUAAGCCUGAAAGAACAAAUGUUGUAGCCCAUGAAAAAUUGGGAGUGAAGGGGAUGGCCUGUGGACCACCUAAAAUUAAGGGUGGGCUGCUGGAGCCAGCCUCAGAACCAGCCUGUACAAACCUUGGGAAGCAGGACAAAGGAUUGUUGCUGAGUGGUGCCUUUGAUGAGGAGGUGUCUGCAAAGUCUUUUCAGGAUGCUCUGCUUCAGUGGAGGAAAGGAAAAAGUGAUCCUGGAGGAGAUCCAUGUGCCAGUGGGGUCCCAUCAGAGCCUGUGGGGGAUUGUGAGGUGCAGACCAAUGUGACUGCUCUGAAGGAACCCAUCCAUGUGGAAUUCCAGAAGGAUGGCCUGAGCUACAUGGAGAAACUCCUGCUGAAGAAAUACAGAAGAACUCCUGUCGAUCAAUUUUUUGCAAGUUCCAUGGAAGACUCAAGGCCUGUGCAAGCCCUGAGUGUUCAUCAGGCUGGGGCUGGAGGAGGGGGGCAAGGAGAAGAUGAUGAUGAUGAUGGCAUUGAGGAGUUAACAGAGGAAGAGGUGAAGAAAUACUGGGCAUCUGUUUAUAGAGUGGAAGAAUCCAACAUUGUUUCUGAAAAUGCAGAGUCCUCUUUGAAAAUUGAGUUCCUUGAUGAUUCUCCUACUAAGGAUUUGGAAGAAUCUUCACAUUAUUCAGUGGAAGAAACUGGAGAUGUGGGGAUGAGUAAACAAGGAGAAACUGACCCACUGGAGUGUGGAAGCAAUCCUGUUUCUACUAAAGAAAUUUCUCAAGAAAAGCCAAUUGUCUGCAGUGAUCUUGAGAUAAAUGCAGUGCAGGAGGAGAGUAUUGAGCCAAAGGCUGGUGGGACAUCACUGAGCUCCUGUGAACUUCCUGAGGAAGUCUCUGACCUCACUGAAGCAAUGAGCAAAGAUCUCCUUGGGACUGAACUAAAGAGCAGCAGAGAUCUCCUGGAGACAGAGGUGCAGAAAAGCAGGAGAGAGCCCCAAGAACUGGGCAGUGCCUGCAGUAGUCAGAGUUUGGUCUUGCCUGUAACUACAAAAUCUUCAGCAUUACAGGAUGUAGCCAAAAGACAGAAAUGUGCUUCUACAUCAUAUCAGGGACUGGAAGGUUUCUUUGUUGUAGGUGCAAACCCUAAACAAGAAAAGCUGGAGGCACCUUCUUCCCUGGCUGCUGCCUCCAGCCCUGGGGACAGGAGGAUCCCUUUUCCAGGAGAUGGGCAGUGGGCUUCUGGAAGAAGCUUGAGUGAAUAUGCUGAUGACUCUGUAGUUCAGGGUGUUCUGGAAAGUCACAUGAACAGAGCUGCAAAUGCUGUCCAGGCUCCAAGGAACAUUUCUCCUCUGAUGGCAGCAUGGACACCAUGGCCAGGCCCUGAAGAUAAUUCCAAUUUGACUUGUGAAGAUGAAACCUCCUCCAGCAGAGCCUGGGAGAAGAUCUUUGGAAAUGCAGAUUUCCAGAACACCCUGGAGCUGAAAGAUCACGACACAUUUGAUAUUUUUGGGGACUGGGAGGAAAGCCAAAUGGAUUCUGAGGAAGCAAUUCUGGAGGACAAACAGCAGGUUCUGGCAUUGCAGUGAACAUGGAAAGCUCAGUUCAGUCUCUACCUUUGUAUGGUUCAGAACCAAGAAGAUCAAGAGGUGUUUUAAGUGCUGCUCAAGGCAUCAUUUACUAAGGAAUAUUCUGUAAAGUUUUCAUUAAAACCUUUUGAAAAUACCUUGAUUUGGCUUUUUUUAUUACUAUGAAGAAAUAACAGAAUAAAAACUGCUCUUGUGCUGCUAUUUUUUGGUUUUAUUUAUUUUUUAAAUUCAAUAUAAAUUUUCUUGCCUGCAGGUGGAAUUUUGUGUCUCCAGAUGUGGUUUUGUGUUGCCAAGGUGGAAGGUGCCACACCAGGGGUAUUAAUGGGAUUAAAUUGGGAUCUCUGUAUGAUCAGGUUUGUGGUGAGGAGCACAGGAGGAGUCUCUAAGGUCAAAUAUACUUUGUCACAUGUUUUAGAAGGGACUUGCACCUUGCAGAAUAGAAUGUAACAGCUUUCCACUGUACAUUUAACUUCUCCUGCCACACUCCUUUCUUCCUAACUCCAGCAGGGAGCCCAGACCAGCAGCAAACCUUUGCUCAGAAUCAACUGGGAGUGAAUUCCCUUUCUCUCCCUGCCCCAAAAUUCCAGUUCAGAGGGAUCUGUGUCCAGGCAAAUCCAGCUGCCUUACAGGCCUUUGAUAAUUAAAAGAACAAAGAGGAAUUGCAGUUUAAAUCAUCCUGGGUGGUUCUAAUUUUAACAAACAGCCCCAACUGUCCUUUUGAACUUGCUGUGUUUGUUGUAUAAAAAGCUUUUUUCUUCCUCC